AGAUAGGAGAGAUAUGAGAGAAGAGAGAAGAGAUGGAGAUAGAGGGAGAUACGAGAGACACCGUGCCUCGUCUGAAUCAGUGCGUAUAGCUCGAGUAUUACGAUAUAAGAAGACAUAGGACAAGAGACCACCUCAUUUCAUCAACAACAACAACAACAACAACAACAACAACAACUAUCUGUCAAUUGUAGAUCUUACUUACAACAUUCCAUUGCUUUACACAUGGAUUUCCAAUCAGUUAUGGCUUCAUUCGCGCCUCAAGACAAAGAUAGGGAAGUUCGACCUUCCUCAAGGGGAAGUUGGUCCUGUAAGGAGGUUGAUGAGUUUGAUGCUUUGUAAACAAGUCUUAAAACCAUGUACUGGAAGGAGAUGUAUUGAUAGCUCGAGCAGGUCAAUAGAAUAUGAGCCCAAGCCAAUUGAGAAAUAUCCAGGUCAGUCGUCAAUUAAUUAAUUCAUCAAUUCUUUAGCUUAUCUAUAACCACCUCCGUUCAAAAUGCUAUCAAUACUGAUAAGUCAAAAUAGCAAAGCUUCAUGCGCGACAAGUCAAAAAAUAUCUGGGGCUCCAGGAGGGUCUCAUAUAUCUUCCUGGUUUACCAAGCUUCAAUUAUGAAGAUUCUGAUAUGCAGCCUGCUUUCCGACAACGUCGCUACUUCUACUAUCUCACUGGAGUGAAUUUUCCUGACUGUAUCGUCACCUACAGCAUUCAUCGUGAUCAGUUAUGGCUUUGGGUUCCACCACCAAAUUCCGGCCGAUCCGUCAUUUAUAACGGAUCUCGCCCUACAGCCAAGGAGAUAAUGGCCAAAUACGAUUUUGACCAUGUAGAAACGUUACCUCAUCUUGAUUCAUAUCUCACUUGGUAUGCCCAUACCGAGCCCGGGAAAAUUCAUUUACUACACGAUUACCAAAGGCCAAAUAAUGUGGAGCUCCAGAUUACUCGCAAAAACGGAUGCCGAUCUGUUAUCAGCGAGUCUCCAUUUGAUAGCACGAAGUUAGAGGAAGCUAUGAAUACAGCCAGAGCUAUUAAAAGUCCCUAUGAGCUUAAGAUGAUACGGAAGGCCAGUGCGAUCACAGCACAAGGGCAUAUUAAUGUUCUGCGUGGACUCCGUUCUCUUUCGGACGAGGCAGAAAUCGAAGCCAUUUUCACAGCGACGUGUAUUGCUAGACAAGCAAAAACUCAAGCAUAUGGUGUAAUUGCUGGUUCCGGCGAAAAUGCCAGCACUCUUCACUACAUGGCCAACAAUGAGCCUCUGAAAGGGAGACAGCUACUGUGUCUUGACGCGGGUUGUGAGUGGGAUUGUUAUGCCUCGGAUGUUACCCGAACGGUUCCAAUCUCCGGAGAAUAUACCGAAGAAGCUCAAGCUAUUUACGAUCUCGUGGCUAAGAUGCAAGACGAGUGCAUUGAAAUGCUAAAGCCAGGUGCAAACUACCGUGACGUCCAUAUGCAUGCUCACAAAGUUGCCCUGCGAGGUCUCAUGGAGCUAGGACUUAUAGAAGGGGGAACAUUUAAUGAACUCUACAUGGCGGGCGUUUCGGUAGCGUUUUUUCCUCAUGGUGUAGGUGCUUGUUUCCUCCCUUCGCACGAUCCGUUAAGUUGACUAUUAUAGUUGGGACAUUACGUAGGCCUAGAGGUUCAUGAUGUCGGACCUGGUGGUAUGAUCAUUACGAAUCGUCUGUUUGGCUUCAACAAAAAGCCUGCCGAUUGGACUGAUGCCUAUUUCCAAAUUCUCUCGGACUCUGGUUUCAAUUCAGGUGGUGGAGCUAUCCUCUCAAAGGAUAUGGUUGUUACGGUCGAGCCUGGAAUGUGAGUUCAUUCCAUCUCCCCUUGUUUCAUGCUCUAACAAUUUGACUUCAAGCUAUUUCUCUCGUUACGCCCUGGAAGAAGUUUAUCUCAAAUCGCCCAAAUACGCAAAAUAUAUCAACAAGGAACUCCUACAAAAAUACUACCCGGUAGGUGGGGUACGUAUCGAAGAUGAUCUUCUGAUCACCGAACGAGGAUAUGAGAACUUGACUACAGCUCCAAAAGGUGAAGAAGCACUAAAAAUUAUAAAUGAAGGAAGAGAACAAGAAGCUGCGGAGUCCAAAAGGAAGCAAAAGAAAACUUGGUUUUGGUAAGCAUUGAUAGAUAAGCUUGGAGAUGGUUUAAGAACGGUCGAGGUGUAUCACUUGGCCUUGCGUUACCUUUUCACAGCAAGCUCGGUAUACGUAGCUGGAUGUUACGGAUGUCUAUUCUACCGUCUUUGAAUAUUAUUGCGUGGAUAGCUACUUGGUUACGACUCAAUUCAUCUUGUGGUCUAUCGAUCACAUGAUCAAUACGAACUUUUCUUGCAGGAGAUGCUCACGAAUGUGUAUGUAUGUAUGUAUUUGCCUACGAAUCUUGCUCGAGGUUUGUUGAAACUCGCUUGUUGUCCGUCAACGGAAAGGAGAAUUUAUGAGCAUGGAAGACAGAUAUGCAACGAAUCAUACAACACAACAUACGAUCAUCAUACAUACUAUGCUAUUCACUGAUAUGAGAAGUAAGAUCAUGACUCACAUUUCAGACAUGCAACAAACCGAAAAUCAACUUAUGCUUCUGCCCAGAGGUUCGAAUUCACCACCCAGAAAUCUAAUCAU